CCCGUCGAUUAAGAUAUCUCCCUUUUCCUAUCCUCUUCCAGUCAAACUCUUGUCGGCCGUGGGUUUUUGCAAGCUAGGUCUGUUGGCACGACUAGGCGUCCGGCCAACUGUUUGUUUGUGAUUGGUCGGGACGCGGACGACGUCUUCUGAAGCCCUGCGAGUCGGAGUCGAGUCGUCUGAUGUGGGGUGGCCGGCUCGCUCUAGCCGUGUUUUUCGUCAGGCUAUUUGAAGAAGUUUCCGACUCCAGCUAGCGAUGGAUCAGUGCAGGCUGCUUUGCCUGCUCCUCUUGGGUGCCGUGCUUGUUGCACAUGUACAGGCUACCGAAAGUGAAAGUGACAAUGAGGAUGUGACAGUGGAAGUUGAAGAGACCUCAGAUUACUCUAGUCCGCAGCCAAGUGGUAACUACUACUUUGCUGAACACUUUGAUGAUCCCCAAGAUUUCAAGAGAAAGUGGGUCCUGUCAGAAGCUAAAAAAGAGGGAAUAGAUGAAGAUAUUGCCAAAUAUGAUGGUGUAUGGGAAAUUGAAGCACCAGUACGAGACGGUCUAAGUGGCGAUUUGGGCUUAGUUUUGAAGUCGAAAGCCAAGCAUGCCGCUAUAUCAUCUCGACUAAAGAAACCAUUUCACUUCCAUGACAAACCGCUUGUUGUGCAGUACGAGGUUCUCCUGCAAGAGGGUCAGGAAUGCGGAGGCUCUUAUCUGAAACUUCUUUCCGCUGAUCCUGCCAUCAGUGAUUUACGCAACUUCCAAGACAAAACCCCAUAUUCUAUCAUGUUUGGCCCUGAUAAGUGCGGAAAUGAUCACAAGCUGCAUUUCAUCUUCCGUCACAAGAAUCCUAAGAACUUGACAUUUGAGGAGAAGCACUGUUCCAAGCCCAAAGAGAGGCUGGAAGAACCCUUCAAGGAUAAACAGCCUCACCUGUACACACUGAUCAUCAGGCCUGAUAAUACCUUCCAAAUCAGUGUAGACCACAAGAUUGUGAAGGAAGGCAGUUUGCUGGAAGAUUUCACACCUGCUGUCAACCCACCUGCUGAAAUUGAUGACCCUAAUGACAAAAAACCAGCCGACUGGGAUGAAACAGAAAAGAUCCCUGAUCCAGACGCUCGAAAACCUGUUGACUGGGAUGAAUCUGCCCCUGCUCAAAUUCCAGAUCCCACUGCAUCCAAACCAGAUGGCUGGUUAGACAAUGAGCCAGACAUGAUUCCGGACCCCAAUGCCGAGAAGCCAGAUGAUUGGGAUAAUGAAAUGGACGGUGACUGGGAAGCUCCUCUGAUCCCUAACCCUCUGUGUGAAAAGGCUGCAGGUUGUGGUGAAUGGUCACCUCCAAUGAUCAACAACCCAGAGUACAAAGGGAAAUGGCGAGCUCCCCUCGUACCCAACCCCAACUACCAGGGACGAUGGAAGCCUCGCCGUAUUGCUAAUCCUGAUUUCUUUGAAGACAAACAUCCAUUCAGAAUGACAUCCAUUGCGGCUGUUGGAUUUGAACUUUGGUCCAUGUCUAACAUGAUUUUGUUUGAUAAUUUGCUCAUCACUGAUGAUCCUUCUGUGGCUGCUGCCUAUGCUGCAGAUUCAUUUGAUCUCAAACGCAAAAAGUUGGAUUUGAGUGCUGAAUCCUUUGUUACAAGAGUCAUAAACUACACCAAUGAGAAUCCCUGGCUGUAUGCAGUAUACAUUGUAGCUGUUGGUCUCCCCCUUGUUCUUAUUGCCGUAUUUUUCUGUGGUUCAUCCGAAUCUGAAGAAAUUAAAAAGGCAGCUCGGGCAAAGAAGACUGAUAUGGAUCUGCCUGAUGAUGUGCAAGAUGCUAAUGAACUGCAAGAUGAACUGCAGGAUGACCAGCAGCUACAAGGAGACGAGGAAGAUGAAGAAGAAGACGAUGAAGAUGGGGAUGGGGACGGCGAUGAAAGUGAAACCGGCACAGCAGCAACAUCAUCUGAAACUAGCAGAGCAUCAAAGAGCCAACUGGACCUUCAAGAGCCAGAUCAGACCACGGAGGGUUCGGGUGAUGCUCCUCGUUCUCCAAGGAAGCGGCGUGCCCGCAAAGACUGAUUUUCUUCUUUUACCACUCGUCUGGACCCACGCCAUGGUAGGUGGUGACGCUAGGGGAAUCCUUGGUAGAUUUUGCUUGCUGUCCCCUAUCCUCCAUCCUACCCACCCCCACCUCCUAGCCAUGGACAUGUGAUACAUGCAGCCUGUUGUUUCUAAGUGUGCGUGAGUGAGCCAGUUUUGCUGGUGUAUGAUCUAGCUUCCCAUCCAAGGGUGUCUGUCACUAAGCCUAUUUAAAUGAUCUGCAUUAAUGGCUAAGGUUGAAUUCGUUGUAACAUAUGAGGGAUAAGGGUUGCAUCUACAGUGAAUGGUAUUUUAAAAUCUUAUAAAUGAACGGUGUUUUCUUCUGAUUGCCUCGUUUUAAUCCUCAGAUGACUUGUUGAAUUUUUCCUAGGUUGUCUGUCUUAGUUCUUUUAUUUUGAUACACAGUGUGAUAGUGGAUGGAAAGGUUUCACUCUUCUCAUUAGACUGCAUUGAAAUUUUUCAAUUGGUCUCAAGUGAUAAAUACACUGUCUAAAAUAAAAGAGUAGUGAGUUGGGUCAGUUUUUUUAAUUAUCUUAUCAAGUAAUGUAAAGGUAUUUGUGGACCUGUUGCAGUAAUACGAUGUUACUGCACUUUUCCACACUGGUGUUUUGACUUGUGUAUUAUUUCAAACGCAUUUUAGACCAUUGAACAAGACUGUUUACUGUGUAGCAAUGCUUUCCUUCAUAAGGAAAUAUUCCAGUUUUAUUUAGAAAAUUCAUUUGAGGUGACACAAUAAUUUACUGUUGUUCUUUUAAAAUUCCAUAAACUGCAUAAUGUUUGUUAGCUUCCUUGCAAGGGUACAAAGAUUUAUGGUUGAAGUUAGAAAUCUGUUAGUCUUGAAGAUUUAAUGUAUAUUUUAAAACCUGAUAGUAAUAGUGCGUUGAUUGUUGCUACAGUGACUUGAUACUUGAUACAGUAUUCUGUUUAUUUGCUUUAACACAGUUCAACACCAGCUGUGAUUGCUACCACCACUUAAAAUGUGCAUUGGAUGAGCAUCAAAUUUUCUGCUUUUUGGCAGCAUGUAUUUUUAUCUGACCAAUGUUUCUGUUAAACUUUCUCGGGGUAUCAGUAAAACUAUUCUGGAUUGCCACAAAUUUAAUUAUGUUCAAUUUGGUUCAUGUAAUCAACAUUCAUCAAUAUAUGAUUAAUACUCUGUGUGUUUUAGUUUAUAUGUUUCAAUACUUACUGUAUUGUUUAUGCUUAGAGAUGAGCUGUUGACUAAUGUAAGGAGAUCUAGGAUUGAAAAUAACAUUUCAGUACUGGUGGGGAAUUCGUUUUCCGCCUAACAUAAGAUUGCUCAUUAUAUAUGUUUCAUGUGUCAGGCAAAUGAUUUCUUAUGCAUAAUGCCUUUUGAAAAGAUAAGCUCCUCGCCUAAAUUAAUAAUAAGGUAAGACAUGCUGUUGACAAUAAAGCAAAGUUUUUACGCAUAUCGUAGGUACUUGAGAAUGUUGCACAGAAGCUUUUUCCAUAUUCUGCUGUUAAAAAAUACAAUUCUGGAUCUCCUUAGGUGUAAGUUAGGUUGACUUGACCAUGGACAUUGCAAUAUUUAGUCAAAUAAAAUUCCCAGCUCAGUUUGUCAUUGUAAUUAAUACAGUUCUACUGUGAAUUAUUCACCCUUUUUUUGUACUGCAAUGUUUGCUUGCUUGUUAAACUUUCAAAUGUUCUGCCGGUGGAUCUUGUCAGUUUGAGGCAGUGUGUGUGAGUCAACACUGAUUGCUUCAUUGUACUACUUUAUAUUUUAUCGCAAGUCAUCCUCCUUCUUUUUCCAAAAAAAAUAAAUAAAUAAUAAUUUAUGGUACAUUUCAUAAAGGCAUGAGUGAGCUGUUGUUUUUAUAGAUCUAGUCAUCAUGUUCAUGUAAUAAUAUGUGUACAACUUUUCUUUCUUACUCAUGCCUGUGUUGUAAUUGAAUACCUGAGAAUCUGGGUGUAGAAUAAAAUAUUCAAUCAGUA